UAUUAUCAAAACGAGACUGCAAAAUUUUUACGUAAACUCGGAGAGGAAAAUGGCUGCCUUAAACACGGGGCUAAGAACGACCAUUGGAAGGAGUUAUGGGCUGCUAAGAAGGGGUUUGUUUGGCAGUGCAAUAGUGUCAAAAAAGAAGAAAGAUCCAAUUGAUUCUCAUGUACUGGGCGAUGACAACAAGGAUUUCGGAGACAUUGUAAGGGAUGAUGAGGUUAAGGCAGCAGAGGGUGAGGAAGUGCCGGAAAUUACUUCAUCUGCAAGUGCAAACAAGUCAGAUGAUCAGGACUUAGGUGAUAUUGUGAGAGAUGACACAGUUAAAACAAUCCAAAUUGAUGGAGACAUAUCUAGUACCAACUCAACAGAAAAAAUAAACUUUGCAAAAGAAGCAACCAAAGACAUGCACAGCUCUACCUCUUUCUCAAUAGAUGACAUGUUACUUAGAAGUGCUACAGACAGUACAAAUGAAAAUGAGGAUGCAGAGGACAGUGACGAAGAAUACUACUAUUAUGACUCCGAAGAUGACAUGAAAAGACAAAUCUUGAACUCUGCAUUAGAAUUUGUUCCUGAAUAUGGAUGGUCAGAUUUUGCAAUACAGAAGGGUGCAGAGGCAGAGGGUUUAUCUUCAUCGAUCGAAGGCCUUUUUACAAAAGGACCAGGCGAUCUUGUUUUACAUUUCAUUGAUGAAUGCAAUGGUAGAUUAGCAGAACAAUUGUCGGAAAAAUCCAAGUUAAACGAAGAGGCUCCUGGUGCUGCAGCAAUACCAAAACGUUCGACGACUGAUUUUCUGCAAGAGGCUCUGAUGGUUCGACUUCUCAUGCUGCGACCGUACAUUCAUACAUGGCCUGAGGCGAUUCGGUUGUUAAUGCGGCCCGAAAAUGCACAAUCCGCGACCGAAAGUCUAGCGCAUAUGGUAGACGAGGUUUGGUACCAUGCCGGAGACACAUCAACAGAUUUUAACUGGUAUACAAAAAGGGGUGCUCUAGCUGCAAUCUAUGGAGCGUCAGAGCUGUACAUGACGCAAGAUCGAUCUGUGAAUUUUGAAGAUACAAGAGAGUUCGUGAAGAACAGGCUAGAAAACGCUAAUCAGUUGAAACAAGCAACACUGGCGAUGGAAGAUGCUGUCAAUGCUGCUUGCAGUGGAAUGUCAGUAGUUUUAUCAACAGCACAAAACAUACUCGGCUACAACUGCCGCAGAAGAUAGCAAGAUCAAAAAGGUUGUUUGGGAAUGAAAUGCAGUUUGAAGUGAAAGAUGAAGCCUAGUCGCACGAAAGAUCUGCUUCGUCUGAACGAUUUUUUGAAAUUACUGACGUGGAGCGAAAAAGAUUUUGUUUGUUAAAAAUUACGCUUUUGCUGAAAGAUAAACUUAAAUGGCAAUAUCGUAUGUAGCUUUUGUUAAUUAGAAUCAGUGACAAAAAGAUUUUAGAAUGCAAA